AUGUCAAAUUCCUAAUAUGACUGGCUUUUGAACCAUUUAGAAAGCAAAAAUAAAAAUAAGCAAUUUAUUUUGAAAAAUAACAUUUAAAUUAUUAGGCCUACUUUCUAGACUGAUAAAAAUUAAUUUUUAAAAAAUUAAUUAAACUUUGAUAUUAUUUAAAAUGAACUUUAAGAGCUUGAAUUUACUUAAUUUAAAAUAUUAAGUGCUGAUUAGUAGGAGGAUUUUAUUUUAAACUCAAAGAAGAGUGAUAUCAUAUAUACUAUUUUAGCUAUAAGAAUCAAAGAUCAAAUUGGAAAUCUCUUAGAAAAUAAAAAAACUUACUGUUAAAAGCUGAUAUAUCUUUAUAAAAAACUUGUUGGUUCAUUCUAUAAUUGCUCAUACCUCGACGACUUUGAAGGAUACUAAUACCAUUAUAUAAGCAUAACUGGGAUCUAAGAAAAUAUUUUAUGUCUAAUAAACAAAGAAAAAUUAACUGAAAAUUCUAUUAUAAAGUAUUUAAAAGACAUUCUUGAAGGAGUAGUUUAAGCUAACAAACUGGGAAUAUUCUUACCAAAUAUCAAAUUAGAAAAUAUAUUUUUAGACUAUAAUAAUAAUGCUAAAAUUUGUAUUUUCUAGAUAGAAAAUGAAACAGGCAUGAAUAAACUAGAAAAUAUGUUUUUAGAAUAUAAUGAAAAACCAAAUAUUUAUCUAAAAAAUGAAACUAAGGAAUAAAAAGAUAUCAUCUAAGAAAAUUAAGGACUUCUUGAUGAUUUAUAAAAACUAAGUUUUGUAUACAAUUAAGAAAAUUAAGAUAUUUUAUAGAAGAUAUUAAAUAAAGCACUUGUAAAUCCAAAAAUUAAAUAAGGUUAUACAAAAUAAUGUAUGAGCUUAGGGAAGCUAUUUUGUAAUUUAAUAUCUAGCUAAAAUACUUUCAAAGAAGAAAAUGAUUAAGAAGAAAUAAUUAAAAUUAUGAGCUAAUCAGAUUAAUUUGCUUACAAAGAUUUUUUUCAAUAAACUAUUAAAUAAUUCAUGGUUCCUGAACAAACUUAAUUUAUAGAUUUGUAUGAAAUACUCUUAAGAUUUAAAGGGAUUUUAGAUGUUGAGUUAAAUUUAGAAAGCUUAUUUAAUGAAACAUACUUAGAAGAAAAGUACCUUCAUUUAGAUAGCCUCAAGGAUUUGCAGUGUUUUUAAAUAUUGUGGACUUAAAUAGCUCAAGACAAAUACUUUCCCAUUAUCAAAGAAGAAGAAGAAUUUGAAAAAUAUAUAAAAUGCUAAUAAAAAAAACCUUUAAAGUAAUUUGAAAUCAUGGAAAAUAAAUUUAAAGAACAGCUAAAUAAAAUUGAAAAAUUAGAAAAGAUAAUUUUAGAAAAUAGCAAAAUUAUUAAAAAAUUAUAAGAGUAACUUGAUGAAAAAUAAGAAAUAUUGAAUGAAAUAAAUCUUAAAUAAUAUAUUAAUACUUAGUAACAAAUCGAACCUUUUAAUAAAUAAAUAUAGAUUGAUAAAGAUACCUAAAAAUUAUAAUAAAAGCAAAUUAACAAUAAAUAAGAGUCAGGAUAUUAUUGUAAGGCUUGCAAAUUUCUUAACAGAUAUAUUUAUGAAGACUAUGAUUCUUUGAUAUAUUAUUGCAACAUGUGCUAAGAUUUUACUGAGCAUCUUCAUUUUUAAUGA